AUGCGACCAUCAAACGAAAAUCAGCAAAACUCAAACAAUUCUUCAAAUUUUCAAGAUGGAUGGCAAGGUAACGCUAAUUAUCAACAAAAUAGUCGCAUGAAUCCCGAUAAUCAAGAUAAUCAAAAUUAUUCUCAAGGCUCAAGGUUUCAAAAUUAUUCAUCAAGGGGUGAAUCUCCAGCUACAUUUUCAAGAAAUUUUCCAGCAAACUCAAACUAUGAAAAUUCGGGCGAUAAUCAAGGAUUUCAACCCCCUUCCAGAAAUGGUUCUGGAUUUGGCAAUACAGCAAAUGGGAGUGACAGAAAUACACCGAUUAAUACAAAUUCAGGACAAUCAGGCUGGAAUCAAAAUUUUGACCAAAAUCCGCCAAAUCAAAAUGAUUUCAGAUCUGAUCAGGAUCGUAACAGCUCGAAUUAUACUCCAAAUGGAAACCUAAAUUCGAAUUUUGGCGACAAUAUGAAUCCAAAUGCUGACCAAAAUCAAAAUGGACCUCAAAAUGAUUCAAAUCAAUGGAAUUCUAACAGAAAUACUAACUCUAAUGACAAUUGGAACGAAAAUAGGAAUCAAAGCCAAAAUUGGAAUGAUCAAAGAGGUUACAACGAUGAUAUGAAUCAGAAUCGUAAUUCCAACUGGAAUGGCAAUGAUAAUUGGAAUUCCAAUGAUAAUUUCCGAAAUGAUAAUCCAAAUGGAAACGGAAACAGAGGAUGGAACGAUGAUAGAAGCGGAAAUUGGGUUGGUAAUGACAAUUGGAAUGGUAAUCAGCAGAAUUACGACAAUCAGAAUGGUGAUUGGAACAGAAAUGGAAAUUGGAACGAUAGAAACGGAAAUUGGAACAGAAAUGAUGAUCAAGGCAACUACAAUCGAUGGGAUGACAGAGGAAAUCAAAAUUGGAACGACAGAAACUGGAAUCAAAACGGAAAUUGGGACCAAAACAGAGAUAAUUGGAAUGGAAAUGGUCCCAAUGGAAACUGGAACAGAAAUGACCAAUGGGAUGACAGAAAUGGCAACUGGAACAGAAGUGAUCGAUGGAAUGGAAAUAAUGAUAACUGGAACGGAAACCAAAACAGAAAUUACAAUGAUUGGAACGGUAACUCCAACAAUGGUUGGAACGAUAACUCGAAUUCUAACGGAAAUUGGAAUGAUAAUGGAAAUUGGAACCAAAACAGGAAUGGCUUUGACAACGAUAACGGUAAUUGGAAUGGCAAUGGAAAUGGCAACUGGAAUGGAAAUCAAAACAGAAAUUGGAACGAUAAUGGAAACGGCAACUGGAAUGACAAUGGAAACGGUAGAAACGAUUGGAACGAUAACGGUAAUGGAAAUAUGAACGGAAAUCAGAACGGAAACUGGAAUGAUAAUUCAAAUGGAAAUUGGAAUGGAAAUGAUAACGGAAACGAUAGAAAUGGCUGGAACGAUAACGGAAACGGAAAAGGAAAUUGGAACGAUAAUGGAAAUGGAGAUCGAAACAGAGAUUUCAACGGAAAUAUGAAUGGAAAUAAUUGGAAUGAUAAUGGUAACGGUAACUGGAAUGAUAACUCUAACAGGAAUUGGAACGAUAAUGGAAAUGGCGGCUGGAACAGAAACAGCAAUGAUAACAUGAACGGAAAUAAUUGGGAUAAUAACGGUAAUGGCAAUUGGAAUGGAAAUGGCAAUGGGAACUGGAAUGAUAACGGAAAUGGAAACUGGAACGGCAACGAUAACGGAAACUGGAACGGGAAUGGUAAUGGAAACUGGAAUGAUAAUGGCAAUGGUAAUUGGAACGGUAACGGCAAUGGAAAUUGGAACGAUAAUGGUAAUGGCAACUGGAACGACAAUGGAAAUGGUAACAUGAACGGUAAUAACUGGGACAAUAACGGAAAUGACAACUGGAAUCAAAACGGUAAUGGAAAUAACUGGAAUGAUGACGGAAAUGGCAAUUUCGGACCUCCUGACAACGAUGACAUGAUGGGUAACGAUUACAAUGGUAAUGGCAAUGGAAAUAUGAACGGAAAUGAUAACGGAAAUAUGAGUUUCGGCGGAUCAUCAAAUUCUAUGAAGAUUGAUCGAGACAUGAAUGCCAAAUUAUGUCAAUUAGCCGAACAAAUAAUGAAUUUACCUGUUGAAGAUCCAGUUCCAGACAUUGCCCACAUGAAUAUCUCGAUGCCCGAAGUUUCUCCCGAAGAAUUCAAAGAUUUCACAGAGACAUACAAUAUCAAACUGAUUUCUGAUAAUCCUGGCCCGCAAACACUCUUCGAAUUCUCUCCAAAUUUCUUGGACGAAAACACUCUUUCAAACAUCAAAAAACUCGAAUACACGCAGCCAACGGACAUCCAAAAGAUCGCUAUUCCUAUUGCUUAUGCAGGCAGAGACCUCAUUGGCAUUGCUAAGACAGGAUCAGGUAAAACAGCUUCUUAUAUCAUCCCAGCAAUCAAACACGUGAUGCUUCAAAACGGAAGAGAAGGACCACAUGUUUUAAUUAUUGCUCCAACGAAAGAACUUGCUCAACAAAUAGAAAUCAAAGCAAACCAGCUCCUUGAGAAUUCUCCGAUAAAAGCAGUUGCAAUCUACGCAUCUCCAAAUCGUAGAGAACAAAUUAACGCUGUAAAGAAAGCUGAUAUAGUCAUAGCAACUUUUGGAAGAUUACUUGAUUUCAUGUCAUCAAACUUUGUGAAAUUAAAUGGAAUAGGAAUGGUUGUUAUCGAUGAAGCAGAUAACAUAUUGAAGAAUGAUAACCAACAACAGUUAGGAGCCAUUUUAAAGCAUGUUCCUAUAGACAGCCAGUAUUUGAUGUGGAGUGCUUCUUGGAUUGAUGAAGUUCGUGAUUUGGCCGAACAAUACUUGAAGAAUUACAUCAAAAUAGUUGUCGACGCAUUCGAACUGACAGUCAACAAGGAUAUCAAACAGAUCAUCAUAAGGAAAGAAGGAAAUCCAAUAAUACAAGUCGAGGAAAUCAUCAAGAAAAUCCUUGCAGAUUCGAAAUCUGACAGAAUCAAAAUUUUGAUUUUUGUCAAUACAUCAGACAAAAUUGAUAAAACUUGUGAUAUAUUGAACAUGGAAAAGGUCAUUAAAUGCAUGCCAAUAUAUUCAAGACUGCCUCCUGAAGAGAGAAAUGCUACAAUGAAGAAGUUCGCGGAAAUGAAAGAGCCUUGUGCACUUAUCUCAACAAAUUUGAUGUCUAGAGGUGUCGAAUUAGACGUAAAUUACGUUAUUCAGAUGGAAAUCAAAGAUCAAUUCAACGAAUACGUCAACAGAAUUGGAAGAACAGGAAGAGCUGGUGCAACUGGUGUCGCAAUUUCUUUAUAUGACGACAACAAAAACAGUGCUAUAAGAAGUGAUUUGAUUGAAUACUUAAAGAGAGCUGAGCAGGAUGUCCCUGAUUUCUUGAGUUCGGACUAUUAA